AUGGUUUUAAAUAAUUUCAAAAUUUUAACAUUUUUAAUAUUCAUUAUUAAUAUUUCAUUCCUUGUUAAUGCAUCUCAAUUAAAAGGAACUCAUUUUGAUCGGAUUAUAACAAUUGUGCUAGGAAAUUCCAAUUAUGAAGAAUCUAUGAAAGAUCCUUAUUUGCUUUAUCUCGCCAAUCAAGGAAUGUUACUUUCAAAUUAUCAUGGAGUCUGGCAUCCUUCGCAACCAAAUUACAUAGCAAUGAUUAGAGCUUCAAAAAGCGGUGUGCUUACAGAUUUUAAUCAAGAUGUAGAAGGUGCCUCACUUCCAGAUUUAUUGGAAGAAAAAGGGAUUUCAUGGAAGGCGUAUAUGGAAAAUUAUCCUGGCAAUGGAUUCAGUGAAAGUCAUUCUGAUGAUAAACUUUAUGUCCGAAAACAUAAUCCAUUUAUUUCAAUGAAUCAAAUUCGAACAAACUCUUCAAGAUAUAUUUAUAUUGUGAAUGCGGAUAGAUUAAAGAAAGAUAUUGAGGAUGGAACUGUUCCGCAAUAUGUUUUUUAUUCGCCUAAUAUGGUCAAUAGUGGUCAUGAUACGGACUUAAGUUAUGCCAUUAUAACGUUUGAUGAAUCAUCCAAGUAUUUAGAUAGUUUAACAAAUUAUAAUCAUAUUUAUACAGUCCUCAUAGGACCAAACGUAUUGAAGUCAAUGAAACAUGAGGAUAACGGUUGGUAUAGUCAUUAUAGCUUUGUACCAACUAUUGAGCAGAAUUGGAACUUAUCAGCUUUAGGAACCGGUGAUGAUGCGGAAUCAACACCGUUUGAUAAUGAAAAAUGA